AUGGACGCGCCGUGCUUCCUUGCGGUGGACGGCGGGGGAACCAAGACCGAGGCGGUGCUGGUGGACGAGCAAAGGCGCGUCGUAGGAAGAGGAUACGCAGGUCCCAGCAACUAUACCCGAAAAUCGCCCGAGGAGUGGGCACAAGUGAUCUGCGAGGCCGUUCAACACGCAGCCGCCUCGGCGCCUCGGCCAAUCCUGCGCGCCUGGAUCGGAUCGGCGGGGAUCGAGAGUGCGCAAGCAGUAGAGGAGGCACAGAAGCAUGCAUCACGCGUGUUGGGCCUGGCCUACGAACAUGUACGUGUGACGAACGACGUGACACUGCUCUGUGCGAACCUCGAGCGGAGUGGCCUCGCAGUCAUUGCAGGUACCGGGAGUGCCGUGCACGUCUUUGGUCAUACGUCUGAUGGGCUGCAACAUGUCACACAAAUUGGCGGAUUGGGCUGGAUUUUAGGUGACGAGGGGAGUGCGUAUGGCAUUGGCCGCGCCGCACUUCGCGCCGUGCUGCACCGCGAUUCGGACGUGGAGAACCUCUUGGCGGCGAUCCUGGCGCACUGGAACGUGCGCAGCCCUGAUGAGUUAAUCAGUGUCGUGUACGCUGAGCAGGCGCCGGAUCCGAUUGCCUCGCUUGCUCCCCUCGUAUGCAAACUCGCCUUUGAAAAGCAAGAUACCGGCGCGCUGCGCGUGGUUACGGCACAGGCGCAGCUCCUUGCUGCGCAGAUUGCGCGUGGGGCGACGCACUGCUCUGCGCCCUAUGAUCUGUGCCUCGGAGGAAAAGUGCUGAUGCAAGCGGCAUAUCGCAGGCUGGUCCUGGCUGCGCUCGCCUCGCAAAAAAUAGACUUUGCGCAUGUGCACAUCAUGGCGGACGUCACCGCUGACGCGGCCCGCUCCAUUCGUGUUCAUGCUUGA